ACAGUUAGGGCUCCCUUCAAUUCGAGAGGUUUAUAGAUAUCUCAAUUAGGCUUUUAUAGAAGGCCAUGGCGUUAGAUAAGAAAGUUGAUGUCAUGAUUUAUAAGGGAGAAAAGGUUUGAUGGAGAUCACUGAUAGAAAUUUUAAACAUUUCGAGGGAGGAGUAAAGAGGGCUAAAGUUCGAGUUGCAGAGUCUAGUGGGAAAGUUUCAGGAUUUCCUAUUGACAGUAUAUGAAAACCUCCUUCCGGAGAUAAACGCUAAACCCUAAGACUAAGUUUGGAUAGCGUGGGGACUAGUAGUGUUCAUCUCUUUAUGGGUUUUUGGGUUGGUGGAAGCUCUGUACUUUGCUUAGGAGAGACUUUUCAUGGUCUCUGUGAAGUAUUCCUCUGCCAUAUAUUAGUAAAUCUUUGAUUUGCGGUUGAUGCAACUUGUGGAGACUGAUCAGCUUGAAGUGAUGUUUAGGUGUUACCGAUUUGGGGUUGGGUUUGCUUGAUAUCAAAUGCUAGAUCUUUCUGUGAGGAAUCAACAGUUUCUACUACAGAUUUGUCUAUUUUCCUCCUCCAUUUAGCAGUAAACAAGAAAAUGGCAGAGAGGCAGCCACUCGACCAACAGCAUCAACUGGAGCAGCAGAUACAGUCGCAGACGCCGAAAGAAGACAUUAUUGCCUGCAUAACGGCAUUAGAAGCUGCACUCCUUCCAUGCUUGCCUGCAAGAGAACUGCAAGCAAUAGACCGUUCCCCCCAUCCUUCUCAUCAGAUUGAUGUAGAGAGGCAUGCUAGAGAUUUUAUGGAAGCUGCCAAAAAACUUCAACUGUAUUUUAUUGGUCUACAACAUGAAGAUCAACCAACCAAGGAAGAAAUGCUCCGAAAGGAGAUCGCGCUGAUGGAAGAAGAGUUGAAAACCAAGACUGAGCUGAUCAAGAAGCAUGAAAGAUUAAUCCAGGGUUGGAGGAAGGAGUUGAAAGACCAGUUGGACAAACAUAUAACUGAGCUGGAGAAGGUGUAAUUGUCUACCACAUUUUGGAUGUAUUCUUGUUUUACUUUAAGAUUUUGACUUCCUUGCCCUAUGCUCACAAUUUAUUCUGCACCAUUUGUUGGUGUAGGGGCGUAGCCCCGCUCGAAUUUUUUUAUUUGAGGGCAAUUGUGUACUUUCUGAAUUAGGGUUUUUUCACUAUAUAUUUGUAGCGAGGGUUUC